GGAAGCCCCGGGCUCACCUGCGCGAGCGCCCCCCGCCUGGCUCCUCCCCGGCCCGGCCCCGGCGCCCCCUCCCCCGCUGGAGGGGCGGGCAGUCCGCGCUCGGCUUCGGCGGCGAGCGUGGCUGGCGGGGCAGCGGAGAGAGUGGCACGGAGUUGGCGGGGAUCUCCCUGCGAGAGAGGCGGCCCGGGACGGCUAUAAUCCUCUGAUGGACAUGGAGCCAUAUUUUGCUGAGUUUAAGCACGUGCAGCCGGACUAUGAAGUCACUCUUGAACUCGCGAGUGAGGAGACUCAAAAGACUAAAAGUGCACAGAAUUUGAGGACGGGGUCUUACGGUGUCAGCAUCAGAGUCCAGGGAAUCGAUGGACAUCCUUACAUAGUAUUAAAUAAUACAGAAGGAUGUUUAUCAGAAAAUCCUCCUCCUUUUGGAAAAGAGCAGCAGGUCGUUUCUCAACCUGUAAACAAGCCAGCCACAGACUCCAAUACUGCUUCUAAGUUGGAGGAUAAAAUCAAUGAACACACAAAAUUUACUGGAAUACAGCACAUGCAACCCUCUGUGCUUAAAAAACUGAAGAUAACCCAUGUAGAUGAAAAGGAAAGUGGAAUGUCAGUUUUUAAAGAUGAAGCAAUGAAAUCCUCCAGUUUGUUGAACUUUCAAAGACAUCCUGAACUUUUACAGCCUUAUGAUCCUGAAAAAAAUAACUUGAACUUGGAUAAUUACCAAUCUUCUGUGUGCAGUAAAUCUAAAUCUUUUGCAGAUGAAAAAACUGAAGCAAAGCCUUGGGUUUCCUCAUCUAAAGUAGUGUCUCUACAGAAAACAAAUACGUACCUUGCAGAGCCAACCAAAGCAAGUUCCAAAAAGAUACAUUUGAACAGGUCAGUAGAAGAUCAAAAUAAGCAACUGUUGGACUGUUCCAGUAGCAAGAUCAGCCCUAGUGAUGUGGGUGUUUCAGAGUCAUUUUCAUCUGCAGGAGAAUCCCCGUGUGUUAGUCCCACUUCUUACCAAGAGACAAGAAAACCUAGACCAGAUGUGCUUCCCUUCCGCAGACAAGAUUCUACUGGGCUGGUCUUGGAUGACUCACGACGAUCGUCGUCCUCAUCAGCUACUCCCACUUCUGCAAAUUCCUUAUACAGGUUCUUGCUUGAUGACCAGGAGUAUGCCAUCUAUGCAGACAACGUCAAUCGACACGAAAACAGGAGAUACAUCCCAUUUUUGCCGGGAACUGGUCGCGAUAUCGACACCGGUUCACUUCCAGGGGUAGAUCAGCUAAUUGAAAAGUUUGAUAAGAAGGUUGAUCCUCACAGAAGAGGCAGGUCAGGAAAAAGGAAUAGAAUUCAUCCAGAUGAUCGUAAAAGAUCAAGAAGUGUUGAUAGUGCCUUGUCAUUAGGUCUUGAUGUAAAUUCAGAUUAUUUAGGUGAAUUCAAUAAAAGCUUGGGCAAGUCAACUGAGCACUUGCUGAGACCAUCUAAAGUCUGCCUUCGCAAACAGUUAUCCAGGGAUCAGAAGUCACUUUCCAAAGAGAUGAAGAUUUCUGCUCGAAGUGUUGGAAAACUGCAGAUGCCUGUUAAAGACACUGACAGCAACGAUUUCAGCUCUUUGCAACACCACAAACAAAAUGGAGCCGAUCCUGAGAGCUCAGUGUGUAGGUCAUCUACACUGCCAGGACAGAGCAAGAGGGAGGAAGUUAGAACAGUAACUUCCACUUUAUUGUUGCCAAACCGAAUCACAAUCUCCCCUGAUUCAGGGGCCAAGAAGAUUUCUGUAAGAACAUGUUCAUCUGUCCCUAAUAUUCAGGCAACUCCUGAUCUCUUAAAAGGCCAACAAGAUCUUUCACAGCAAACAAAUGAAGAGACUGCUAAACAGAUACUUUACAAUUACCUUAAGGAGGGAAGUCCUGAUAAUGAUGAUGCAACGAAGAGGAAAGUCAACUUAGUUUUUGAGAAAAUUCAGACUUUAAAGUCAAGAGCUGCUGGAAGGACACAGGUUUCGGAUUCUUCAGCUGAGGUAAAAGCAUUGGCUGAACAAAAAGCAGAACUUGAAAGGAAAGUGGAAGAAUUAGAGAAAAAACUGGAUCUGGAAAUUAGGAAUCAGCAGAAUUCCAAAGAAGAGAGAGAUGCUACACGAGCAAGCCUGAAAGAUCUUCAGCUGCAGCUUGAGGAAAGUCUGCGUGAGAAGGAAGCCUUGAAAAAGGAGCUGGAGGAAAAUGAGAAGGACCUCAGGCAAAACCUGGAGGAGCUUUUUCAAGUGAAGAUGGAGCAGGAACAGCACCAGACUGAGAUCAGAGAUCUUCAGGACCAGCUCUCUGAGAUGCAUGAUGAACUGGAUAAUGCCAAACAUACUGAUCAAGGGGAGAAAGAGAUUCUGAUUGAGGAGCUGAUGCAAAUGAAACAGGAUCUGCAAGAAGUAUUAAUAGCAAAAGAUCAACAAGAGGAGAUCUUGAGAAAGAGAGAGAGAGAGCUUACAGCUUUAAAAGGAGCACUUAAAGAAGAAGUAUCCAGCCAUGACAUGGAGAUGGACAAACUUAAGGAGCAGCACGAUAAAGAAUUGCUUGAUCUACGACAGAGCCUGGAGAAAGCAACAGAGAGUGCUACUGUCCUUGAAAGUGAAAGAAAUGCAGCACAAGAGGAGAGAAAUAGUAUAGAAAAUCGAGUCAAGGAGCUGACUGAGGAAAACAAACAGCUGAAGAGAAGAGUUACUGAGUUAGAGAGUAAAAUUGAGGAGCUGCACAAACAAAUUGAUAAUAUGAAAGGAGAAGAAAACUCAGUGAAGGAAAAAUUAAAGACAUAUGAGGAAGAGAAGCAACAAUUGGAAGAAGCUUUGAAACGUGCUGAGAAGGAGGCAAAGGAAUUGGUAGUGUUAAAAUCAGCUUUGGAAAGCCAACUAGAAGAUCUGCAGGAGAACACCCGUUGUAUUUCACAGGAAAGGCAACAGUUAACUCAGCAGUUAAAGGAUGAAACUCAGCAGAAGGAACAGUUACAGCAGAUAAAGAAUGAAAUGGAGAAUGAACGAUGGCAACUAAACAAGACUGUUGAGAAGUUACAGGAGGAGAUGUCUGAAAUGGUAGAGAUCUCAAGAACAUCAGCUCUGGAGCUUCAGAGCCAGCUUGAUGAAUACAAGGAGAAAAAUCGCAGGGAAUUUGCAGAUCUGCAGAGGCAAUUGAAGGAGAAGAACCUGGAGGUAGAAAAAUCACGUCUGAUGACCAUCAGGAUGCAAGACGAGAUGCGUCUUAUGGAAGAAAACUUGAGGGACCACCAGAGAGCUCAGGAUGAGGCAAUAACAAAAACUCAGUUGCUGGAACAGACUGUGAAAAGCUUGGAGUAUGAACUGGAAGCCAAAAACCACUUAAAAGACGAUCGGGCAAGACAAAUCAAAUUAAUGGAGGACAAGCUGUCUCACCUGGAACUUGAGCUUGAUGAAGAAAAGACUAAUUCAGAUUUGUUGUCUGAGAGGAUCAGCAGAUGCAGAGAACAGAUUGAACAAAUGAGGACAGAGCUACUGCAGGAAAGAGCUAUAAAGCAAGAUUUGGAGUGUGACAAAAUUUCCUUGGAAAGACAGAACAAAGACCUGAAGAGCAGAAUCCUUCACCUGGAGGGUUCUUACCGGUCCAGUAAAGAGGGACUUGUUGCUCAAAUGGAAGCAAGGAUCACAGAGCUGGAAGAACGACUUGAAAAUGAAGAAAGGGAUAGAGCGAAUUUCCAACUAAGUAACCGCAGACUUGAGAGAAAAGUGAAGGAGUUAAUGCUGCAAGUAGAUGAUGAACAUCUGUCACUGACUGAUCAGAAGGACCAGUUGAGUUUGCGUUUGAAAGCAAUGAAACGGCAAGUUGAAGAAGCUGAAGAAGAAAUAGACAGACUGGAAAGUGCUAAAAAGAAACUUCAGAGAGAACUUGAGGAGCAACUAGACAUAAAUGAACAAUUGCAAGGACAGCUUAACACUGCAAAGAAGGAGUUAAGUAGACUGAAGAAGUCACCAAGUAAAGUGUUGGCUGACUCUGAUGAUGAUGAUGACGACGACGAUGACGAUGAUUUCAGCACAGAUGGUGACAGUCUCUGUGAAGUACCUUCAGGAAAUAACUUUUCAAAAGAUGAUGACACAAAAAUUUAAAUAAGUGUUGAUGUGGUUACUUGAAAUACUGGAAGAAUAACAUAAAUUAUCAAAAAACUAGAUGUUCUAGAAGCCAAAUGACAUAAAGGGAUUUAAGGGUUGGGAAUAUAAUGUUUCCAUCCAUACUGUGCCAUUUUCUUAUUUAGAUCUUCACUGUUUAUUAUAGGAUUGCAUUACAGAACAGCUAUAAAACACAAGAUGUAUAUAACAGCUACUGAAAACACGGGGAUAGUGUUUCACAUUGGAAAUGGGAUUUUGCUAAAAUUCUGUUUAAGUAAAAAGCCAUUUGAAAGUAAUUCAAAAUUAGUUUUUAGUUAUUAAGAGCUUUUCCCUAAAAUUAAGGAAACCACUGGAGAUUAUUUAAUAAUUGUAAGUAGGGGUAAAGGAUGUAUAACAUGUAAAUAUUUUAAACUUGAUCUUUUUAUUGACUAGUACUAUUUUGUAAAGUUUCUAAUAUUAUAUAAAUCACUUUGAUAUGUAAA